AUCAAAAUGCAACGUCACUUCAUCGCCUCCUAAAACUUCUCCACUCCGUUGGCCAGUACUACAUUUCCCAUCAUCCAUGUUCGCCCAAUUCUUUUCUCCCCCCCCCACGUAUGCAGUGAAAGCUUGUCCGGGACGCUAAUACGGACUCCAUGCGUGCUCACAUUUGUUUCCGUCGAGAAACGAAGCACUGUCGAGGCGGAGUGGACGCGAAAGCUGCAGCAUGGCGCCUCGCAAGCAGGGCGGCGACGGCGGGGCGAGGAGCUCCGUGCUCGGCUUCAGGGCGGCCGCGACUAAAGCCUCCGUCCGUCGGCACUCCGCACUUCUCCCCUCCGUGCUGACGUUCGCAGUCAUCGUGGCGUCCGGGGGCCUCCUGCUAAUGAUUGAGAAGGGAAUGCUGAGUAACGUGGAGACUCCGCCGCCGCUGAGCAACGGCAGGACUCUGGACCACCGGAGCCCGCAUCCCGACCCCGAUGUGGACGCGGAGUCCGAGAUUUUGAGAGAGAUCCGUAACCGCACGAUCAGGGCAAUGUGCCGACAGAAGAGCAUGCCCCACAACGUGUGGGCCCUCAGCCCACUGCAGAGGAAGACACUCCUGCAGCAUGUCCUGGUGAACGAUAAGCACCAUUUCCUCUACUGCUACGUGCCCAAGGUGGCGUGCUCCAACUGGAAACGCGUGCUAAAGGUCUUGAGUGGUACGCUGGCAAACGUCGACACGAAGGUGAAGAUGGACCACCACGCGGACCUGGUCUUCUUGGCCGACUUCUCGCCAGAGGAGGUGCAGCAUCGACUGCAACACUACUUCAAGUUCAUGUUCGUGCGCGAACCAAUGGCGCGUCUGCUCUCCGCUUACCGCAAUAAGUUCGGAGAGAUCGAGGCGUACCAGCGCAAGUAUGGAGUCGAGAUCGUGCGGAGGUACCGAAAGGGGUACGCCAAGAACGCGAAAUUAGCCGGGGACGACGUGACGUUCACGGAGUUCGUGCGUUACCUUUUGGACGAGGACCCCGAGCGUAUGAACGAGCACUGGAUGCCGGUGUACAACCUGUGCCAGCCGUGUGCAAUGGAGUUUGAUUUCAUUGGCUCGUAUGAGAGGCUUGAGAAUGAUGCAGCUUAUGUACUAGAGCGCAUAGGGGCGCCUGAGAAUAUACGGUUCCCUGAACGGCAGACGUGGUACAAGCCGGUUACCAAGGAAACGCUGCAUUAUUACCUGUGCAAUGUGCCUCAGAAGUUGCUGAGGGAACUUCUGCCUAAGUACAUUUUGGACUUUUCUUUCUUCAGCUAUCCACUGCCUAACAUAACCACUGAGUACUGUCGACACUAGCAUAGACUUGACCUAGUGAGGACUUGUUCUUUUGUAAGCGCUCUUCAUGUAUUCUGUGAAAGUUACAGUAUUGUAACAGUUUGAUUUCGAGGGGGUGUAUUGUUUGCUUGUUAUUCAAGGUUUUUCUGUUGUACAGAAUUGGAAAUAUAUUUAAUUAAAACACCUGAGCAGUA